AUGGUUCACGCCGUUCAAUCCAUCAUGCCGUCGGCGACUUAUGCUUCAACGGGGACCCGUCCCCGCAGAGGCACUUACCAAGAAAUCCCAGUGUCCUCGACCUCCCACCCAGAUAACCCAAUUCCGGAAGAGCCUCGAGGUGUGCGCUCGCUCUCAGUGACCGACACCAAUUUCCACGUCAUCUCCUCGGGCUCCUCUCAAGGCACUACGUCAAGCGGCUCAAAUUCUCCCGAUACCCCUCUAACACCAACCACCGAGUCCCAAUCGGAGGAAGAAAAUGCAGAGGAAAAGGUCGACAGUGGUCGGCAACGUCGACGAGCAUCAACUGUCCUCAUUUCACAAAACGCGGACGAUAUGCGAAGGGUAUUGGAGAAUGUAGGCACAGCAGGCACUCAGAAGCUUCAAUCCCUCUGCUGUGGUGGGGGUUGUUGCCGGGGACAGGCAUUGCGCCCUGUAGAUGGGCCAAUCUCAGGCUUCAAUUCCAUCGUUGGACCUGUCGGUAACAAGGCCUUUGAUUGCCUCAAGCUAAACCUCGAUCUCCUCACUAUGGACAGUGAGCUUUCCAACAUUGCCCCGCUGCCAGAGAAGACUGUUUCGUUCAAGCCGAUCCCCGCAUCGGCGGUCGAGAUGACCUUUGGCCCCGCAGAUCACCCUCCGGAAUUCGUGCAGCCGCACCCACCUUACCAGGUCUACCGUGCGCCGCUGUACCACGCCCGUGAGUUGACAGGACCCGGCGCCGAAAAGCGUACCUACCACUUUGAUAUCGAUGUCACCGACUACCCCGCGGAAAGCGGGAUGGUUGAUUUCGUAGUCGGUGGUGCAAUCGGCGUGUGCCCCAAGAACAAGGACUCUGAAGUCGAAGAGGUCCUCAACCUCCUAGGUAUACCAAAGUCCAUGCGCGACAAGAAAAUUCUCAUGCGCACAACCAAUGGCCGCUGGCCGACAAUCUGGGGCGACGACAAGCCCCGCGAACUCAUCACUACCCGUCGCGAAGUCCUAAGCUGGUGCUCCGAUAUCCAAAGUUACGCUCCAACUAAGCCACUCUUCCGCCUCCUUGCCGAGUACACCAGCGAGCCAAACGAGAAGAAAAUCCUCGAAUACCUCUCCUCGGCCCAAGGCCAAGGCGCUUUCUGCGACCUACGCACAAGCUCCUUUGUCUCUCUCACCCAACUCUUAACCGCCUUCUCAAGCUCCCAGCCACCCCUCGACCACCUCCUCUCCGUCCUCAACACCCUCAUGCCCCGCUUCUACUCCCUAUCUCAAGAUCCCCAGAUCUCCUGCCAAUACAAAGGCAGCGAAUGCCGACGCCUAAUAGAAGUCGCUGUCACAGUCGCUGAAUCCGAUGACUGGCGCGGCGGGUCACGCACAGGCGUAGGGUCCGGGUACCUAGAGUCCCUCGCGCGGCGAGCGAUUGCCGCCGACGCCUCCGGCGAGAAACUCGAUCUUCACGUGCCCAUGUUCCGAGGACUUAUGGCGAACCCGCUCGCGACUCGUUUUGCCUCGGAUGGCCCGAUGCUGCUAAUUGGUGCAGGAGUUGGCAUCGCGCCUUUCCGCGGCUUUGUGCAACGCCGUCUCCAGUCGGCGAACUGCGCCAACAAGGUCUGGGUUUUGCAGGGUGUCCGUGACUCGCUGCUUGAUGAGCUUUACUCCGGAGAGUGGGGCGUGCAUGAGGACAAGGUGCGCACUGUUGUGCAGAGCCGUAAGGGCGAGAGUCGCUAUGUGCAGGAAGAGGUGAGACAUCAGGCUGAUCUUGUUUGGUUUGUUAUCAACUCGCUUGACGGUCGUGUCUUUGUUUGUGGUUCGGGUAAGGGUAUGGGUGAGGGUGUUGAGGGUGCUCUUAUUGAGGUUGCUAUGGCCAAGGGUAAUCUUAAUGCUCAAGAGGCCGAUAUGUUCUGGCAGCGGAAGAAGGAGGCUGGACAGUAUAUUGCUGAAACUUGGUGA